AAGUUUGUCGGAUGAUUGGGUCAUAGUCACAGAAUUCGGGGUCGAUCCCGCGUUCCGUGACCCGGGUUCGUCGCCCCAAUUCGUGGGUCGGGGACGACGUGGGUCGACGUUCCGAUUCGUGGUGGGUCGCCGCCCCGUCGCCGCACAGGUACAGGAUGGGGCGAGUCCCAAAACUAGAUGGGUCGCCGCCCCAAUUUGAUGGAUCCCGUCCCAACUAAAACGGAUCUCGUCUGAUUGUUUUCGCAGGGUCUCUCUCAAUCUCGAUUCUCAAACGGGAUGAGAUGCAGAUGAAGAUGGAAGGCUUACGGAAAAGCUGGAGUCGUAGUCCUCCCGUCCUCCGCCACCACCGCGGCGGCCGCCCUCGCCUGCAUCGGUUCCCCGACAGGAACAACGACGGCGGCGGGCCGUCCAUUCCCAGCCGGCGCCGCGACCCGGCGCGGCCGCUGCAGCGGACAUGGCGCCCCUCCGCGACAUCUCGUGACCCCUGGUGACGAGCCGCCGGCCGUAUUGCUGCGAAGCGCGGAGUCCCCGCCAGGGAUCUCGUGGACGGCGGACGGCGGACGGCUCCUCUGCUUUGAGCCUUUGACUGCUGAGCUUUGAUUUUUUUAUUACUCUCUUUUCUCUCGUAUGGAGGAGGCGGACUUAUCAUGCUGGUCUGUAGUAUGUAUCUGUAUGUACCUAUUAUUUGGUAUGCUACCGUGGCCUUCUCUCGUAUGCUGAUUUGGUGUGAGCCUUUGACAGAUUCUGUAUGUACCUAUUAUUUUUUGGAAAAAUUUUGCUACCGUGGCCGGAGAUUUCCCUCCAUAUCUCCCCAAUUACCAUUUAUUCCUUCCAUGAUUCAUUCCCUAAUACGAUUCAUUCCCUAAUACGUUAAAAAAAACAGAGAUGUAAAACUAGGCAUCGAACCCACGACCAAAAGAGAGAUGCAAAAACUAGGCAUCCAACUAACCAGCGUGCUAUGAUGAUAACUGAAAUCUAUAAGUGGUAUUGCUUUAUUUCUACUAGAUGUUAGUACUGGUAACUACUAACAUUUAAUUAUCAAUCCACUAUGCUAUGUCUAUGCAUAUGUCAUUGGAGAUGAUCUAUGAUUCUAUAUAGUGUUUACUGUAGAAACUUAUGGGGCAACGACAUUCGCUUUGUUCAGCUAGCUUGUCAGCCAAUAGUAUUUUUCGCUCACACCAAAUCAGCAUCAGCCAGCAGCCAGCAGUAUUUUUCUCUGACAACAAAUCAACACUAGCUACCAGACACAGCCAUCCAAACGGAGCGAAUUAUAUGCUAACAAAACUAGUUGAGCUACUGCACUACCUUUAAUCAUGUCCACCUCAUAAAAUAAAACAAAUGUAAAUAGAUUACUUCUCCAUCUUAUAGCACACAGCUCAAAUCAUCUUAGAACAUCAUAAAGAACAUUACUACACGUCAACGGUCUCAUAGAUCGUCUCAAGCAAUGCCACUUAGGAAGAGAGAGAGAUGAGAGAUAAAGAGGUCGUUGCUUCGUGAAACAACCACCUCAUGGUACGUGUCAAUGUAUGAGAUCCACUUGUCUCUAUGAGCUAGCUCUUGAAAAAGGCAAAACAAGCAAACCUCAAGCUGACAUGGCAAAGUUACAUAGCCCACAGCUAGUUAUGUUGUUAAGUCUAAGGUAUAGGUGACAAACGAGAAAGAGGCCUUAGUUAAUUAUUGAUCAAGCUUGAUCUUUAUCAAGUCGAGCAUAAACUAAAGCGUUUGUUCAAAAUUUUAGUAUUUGAUAUUUGAUAUUUUUUCAUAAUUUUUAUAGAAGCAUGCUCAUAAUUUAUUUUUUGGAGGAAUAUAAAAUAUAAGUCACUGACAAUGGACCAGGUGGGCAGGUGACCAGCCAACCGUACCAGUAGCAUUUGUAAUACGUGUAGGCUAACUCAUAUUAGGAUAGCUACUAAUCAGUUGCCUGACAAAUCGUGUCCUUCCUAAUACUGCCGAUCGGAAUUCUGAAUCACCUAUAUAUAUAUUGCCCCAUCGGGAUCUGAAACAAGCCUUCCAGCAACUUUCAACGCCAAUUUCAAUUCUCCAGUUCAUUCGUCCUUUGCUGCGGAUUUCACGUCUGCGGCUCUGCGCAUUGCAGGCCGAGGAGGUUCGUAACUUCGUAUCAAAUUCAAUCUCGUACACUUGAAAUCCUGCAUUCCUUCUUUCUUGUUGCAUCUAGUAAUCUACUUCUAAUUACUUCAGGAAUAGCAAUGGCGUUUGGAUCGAAGAAACGUAAGGAGGCCGAGAUGGAACACGAAGCACCAGAGCACAUGGACAGUGGUGACGAAAUUGAUCCCAUAGAAGCUGAUGAAGGAGGUGAAGAAGAAGAAGAAGAAACUGAAGUACAGAAUCAUACAAAGAGACAAGUCCUCCUUGAACAGGUAACAAUAUUAUAUGCUGGCAAAGGGAAGAAUCCUGGUGGAUCAAAGGGUUGGCAAUGCAAGCACUGCAAAAAGAAGUUCAGCAGCAGCUCGACAAGAAUUCAAAUGCAUUUUUUCGGUGCUGGACCUGGUAAGAAGGCACAGAUUAGUCGUUGUACGGCACUACAAAGUAAUCGCGCCAAGUAUAAAGAACUGUAUGAGAAGAUUCAGAAAUUACGAGGUUCCUCUAAACCAGCGGCCACCCAAAGGCACAAUCCAGUGGCAGAUGCUUUUGGUAUGAUAGAAAGGGAUGCCGUUGACAUGGCAAUAAUGCGGUGCUUGUGCGCUAAUGGAAUUCCCUUUAAUGUGUUGAGAAGUCCUCAGUGGUCUGAAAUGGUAGCAGCCAUAAACAAAGGACCGAAGGGAUACAAAUCACCUUCCAGUGAGAAGGCAAGAACCUCCCUUCUAGAUGCAUGCAAGAGAAAUGUUGAGCAAGACUUGGGCGCACUUAAAAACACAUGGUACGCAACGCAACAGUCUAUUUACAAUGCAUAUAUAAGUUAUCUUUAUACAGCUACUUACGAGGUAUUUGACUUAUUUCUUUUAAUUAGGCACACACAUGGUGUUUCCAUUGUUUCUGAUGGGUGGACAAACAUGAAGAACAAGCCAUUAAUCAAUGUAAUUGCAUCAAAUAGCCGUGGUUCAAUGUUUUUGUAUGCAGAUGAUUUUUCUGGAAUUGAGAAAACUGGUGAAGCAAUAGCAGAUUAUUUGCUUAAGGCGAUCGAAGAUAUUGGAGCCUCGAUGGUUAUGCAAGUUGUGACUGAUAAUGCAUCAAAUUGCAAGGCAGCUGGACGGGAAAUUGAAAAAGUGCACAAACACAUUUUUUGGUCACCUUGCGUAGUGCAUACUCUGAAUCUGAUAUUUAAGGAUUUAGCCAAAGCACUUCCUUGGAUAGAGGAGACAUACAGUACUGGUAAAGCUCUAGUCACAUUCAUUCUGAAUCACCAACAUGGCCUAGCAAUUUCCAGAGCUAAUUCAAAACUAGAUCUCUUGAGGGUGGCAAAGACACGAUUCGCGUCCCAUUAUAUUUUGCUAAAGAGGCUGAGUGACUGCCGUGAAGCACUUGCUUCCACGGUGGUUACAAAGCAAUGGAAGGACUGGAUGAAACACAAUGGGAGUGAUAAAUAUGCAAAGAUUGCAGUUGACACUAUCAACAGUGAAGAGUUUUGGACAGAGGUUGAAAGCAUUCUUGCUCUCACAAAGCCCUUGUUCCUGAUGGUAAAAUUUAGUGAUGGAGAAGGCCCAAAGAUGGGUGAAGUAUAUGAAAAAAUGGACACCAUGCUGGGAGAGAUAAAAGAUGUGAUGACCAAGUUGGACUACCCUCACAGGCUUGAUUUUCCCACGGUAGAAAACAUUAUCCUUAGUCGGUGGGAGAAAAUGAAUAUCCCUCUGCAUUGUUUGGCCUUUGCACUAUGCCCAGAGUAUUAUGAUAUUGAGUACUUGAAAAAACCCGCUCCUGGAGGUGAGCCCAGAAAGGCUCCAAAUCAAGACAAGGAGGUCAUGCGUGGGGUGCUGGAAGCUUUCCGCAGAAUAGCAGAUACUGAUGCUGAACGAAAGAAUUACCUAGAAGAGUUUACUGCAUUUCACAUGAAGAAAGGGAUGUUUUCAUUCACGUCUGUUCAAAAUGAUGCAAGCACAAUGAAACCCAUUGACUGGUGGUCCAACUACGGCUCAGAGACUCCAAAUCUGUCAGAACUUGCUUUGAGGGUUUUGUCUCAGCCAAUCAGUAGCUCCUCAGCUGAGAGAAACUGGAGUACGUAUUCGUACAUCCACAAUGUGAAAAGGAAUAGGCUUAAUUCUAAAACAGCAGACAAGCUGGUCUACGUUCACUCCAAUAUUCGCCUCUUGUCAAGGUUUUCAGAAGACUACAAAGCAGGCCCUAACAGCAAGUGGGAUGCAAUUCCAGAAGAUACUUCUUUGGAGGAAUCAAGAGUUAAGCUGGAGCAGUUGCGCUGGACGAAUUUGGAGGAUGAUGCCGAGGUUGAUCUUGAUCCUCCAAAUGACGAGCCGGGCCCCUCAUCAUCAAAGAAAAGGAAUGCUAGAAAUAAUAACUGAGUUCACACAUCAGCAGAAGCGCAGGAGGCAAGGAUGCAGGAGUGCUGUAGCUGUAGAAGGCUAGAAGCAGGAGCGUGGAACAGCAAGAGCGUCGCUGCCAUCCGUCGUCAGUCGUCCUCCCGCUUCUAUAUUCAAUAAAAUAAAUUUAGAUUGUGAAGAGAGUAUCAGACUAUUUGUUGGUUUCGAAUUUUUCUUAAUUGGAUUGUGUGAUGUGUGAUUUAUCUUUUAUAUUAUAUAAUUGAAUUCCUAUCGAUCCAAAAUACAUUGGAUCACGACCCUA